UCCAGGGUCUUGGAAUGUCUCAAGCAGAAUGCGAAGCUUUAACAGAAUGGAAGAAAAACGAGAGUGAAUGCCUCAAGGAGAUUCGGCAGCACAUGAAUGAAACAGCAGGUUGCAAGAGAAUAUGGGACCAACUCCUGUGCUGGCCGGAUACAAAUGCUGGACAAACACUCACCUUUACCUGCCCGGGCAUCCUUCUCCACUUCACAAAGCAGCCAGGUGAGGGCUCGGUGAAAAGAAGCUGCACAGCUCAGGGCUGGUCUGACCCAUUUCCGCCAUAUUCCACAGCAUGUCCAGUGGAAGAUGAGGUUACUCUUUAUGAGCACUCCUACCUGACAACUGUCAAAACCAUCUACACUGUGGGCUACAGCAUCUCCACCACCUCCCUUGCUAUGGCCAUCAUGGUCCUCAUCACAUUCAGGAGGCUCCGUUGCCCCAGAAACUACAUCCAUGUCCAUCUCUUUUUCACCUUCAUCCUGAAGACCAUUGCUGUCUUUGUCAAGGAUGAGGUUCUUUUCAAAACAGAAGAUGUUGACUAUUGCAGCUUUUCCACGACCGAAUGCAAGAUCUCGGUGGUUUUCUGUCAAUAUUUCACAAUGGCUAAUUUCAUGUGGCUGCUGGUGGAAGCUCUCUACCUCAACUGCCUGCUGCUGUCCUCCUUUCCCCAUGGAAGAAAAUACUACUGGUGGCUCAUGCUGUUUGGCUGGGGUGUUCCAACGUUUUUUACCAUACUGUGGAUAUUAGUCAAGGUGCAUUUCGAAGACAUUUCCUGCUGGGAUGCAAACCAAGGCUCUCCUUACUGGUGGCUAAUCAAAGGGCCCAUCAUCUUUUCUGUCGGGGUCAACUUCAUCCUUUUUCUCAACAUCAUCAGAAUCCUGCUGAAAAAACUGGAUCCGGGACAAAUCAGUUUCAACAACUCAUCUCAGUACAGACGCCUCUGUAAAUCGACUCUGCUCCUCAUCCCUCUGUUUGGGACGCAUUACAUCAUCUUCAAUUUUCUUCCCGAUUACGCCAACGUGGGGGUCCGCCUCUCCCUGGAGCUCUGCAUCGGAUCAUUCCAGGGCUUCAUUGUUGCUGUUCUGUACUGCUUCUUAAAUCAAGAGGUGCAAGCGGAAAUUUGUCGGAAAUGGCGUGGCAACAGCUAUGGAUUUAUGCCGAUCUGGAGGAAGAGGACGAGGUGGACCGUGCCAUCGAGUUCUGGCAUCAAGAUGACAACCUCGGUGUGUUAGGGGUGGCUGAUAAGGUG